AUGUGCAGCAGCCAGGGUAAAGUACUGUGUUUGACUAUAGACUUUGGAUCUGGCUUCACUUGUUCCGAGAGCUCCUCGAAGACGAUAUUAUGGAGAUACAAAUUCUCUCAACUGAAAGGCUCCUCUGAUGAUGGGAAGACAAGGGUGAAACUUCUCUUCAAGAAUGCUGAAAACAAACAGAUAGAGAUGAAGCUCCUUUCAUUGGAGGACUUGGCGCUGAUUGCAGACCUGUCAGGUUGUCCUCCACCCGUUCUCCCAGCCUUCUGUCACAACGACUGCCUCGCCAACGAGUACCGUUCCAUAUCUGGAGUCUGCAACAAUAGGCACAAGCCUUUCUGGGGCACAGCCAACAGUGCCUUGGCCAGAUGGCUUCCGGCAGAAUAUGAAGACGGAGAAAGACAACCAAAGGGCUGGAACCAUGGGCAACUAUAUAAUGGCUUCCAACUUCCCCCGGUACAUGAAGUCAGCAAGAAAAUACUGCAGAGCUCCAGCAAACCCAUGUUGCUAGAUGCUGUUUAUUGUCAGAUGCUAGUGGACUGGGGCCAGUACAUCGACCAUGACAUAUCCUUCACUCCUCAAAGCACAAGCAGAGCUGCUUUCUUGGGAGGACUGGACUGUUUAAAGACGUGCGAAAACAUAAACCCUUGUUUCCCUAUUGAGACAUUCCCUGAUGACAAACUGUCUGGGAACAGAAGCUGUGUGCCGUUCUUUCGUUCGUCGCCAGCCUGCUUCUCCGGUAAUGCACAGGCUGCGACGGCGGACAUCAAACACGCGCUACAACGUCAACAAAUGAACUCAAUCACGUCUUUCCUGGAUGCAUCCACUGUAUACGGCCACACCCCAUAUUUACAGAGUGCCCUUCGAGACCUCUCAAACACUGAGGGUCGGCUGGCUGUCAACAGCAGAUUCACUGACCGUAGUGGCAGACCCUACCUGCCUUUUGUCCCCAACACCCCGUCUCCAUGCUUCCAAGAUCCAGGGGAUCCUCAGGGGGAAAGGGUGGAUUGUUUCCUGGCUGGGGACAGCAGGGUGAAUGAAGUUCUGACUCUGGUGGCUCUACACACGUUGUGGAUGAGAGAACACAAUAGAAUCGCAGAGGCCUUGAAUGGCCUCAACCCACACUGGAGCUCAGAGGUUAUUUACCAAGAGGCCCGCAAGAUCAUCGGAGCUCUGCACCAGAUUAUAACCACCAGGGAUUAUGUUCCCAAAAUCAUUGGAAAAGAGGCUUUUGAUCUUUACAUUGGUCCCUAUGGGGGCUAUGAUCCAACUACAGAGCCCUCAGCCUCCAAUGUGUUCUCUACUGCUGCAUUCCGAUUUGGCCAUGCCACUAUUCCCUCAGUUCUCCGGAGACUCAACCAGAGCUUCCAGGAACAUGAACGCUUCUCCUCUUUGAGUCUGCAUAAGACUUUCUUCAGUCCCUGGCGACUCGUCAAAGAGGGUGGACUAGAGCCAGUCCUCCGAGGUCUGUUGGGGACGCCGGCGACAGCAGUGACCCCAGAAAACCUACUGACAGAGGAGCUGACAGAGAGACUGGUUGUGCUUACUGUCCCAGGGGGUUUGGACUUGGCCGCACUCAACCUGCAGAGGGGACGUGACCAUGGACUUCCAGGUUACAAUGACUGGAGGACGUUCUGUGGACUUGACAGAAUAGAGACUCAAGACGACUUCAGAGAAGUUGUAAAGGAUGCAAGUGUUGUUGGGAAGAUCAUGGACCUGUUUAGACAUCCUGACAACAUUGACGUGUGGCUAGGAGGACUGGUAGAGGAACCUCUGUCUGGCUCCAGGACUGGUCCACUCUUUUCAUGUCUCAUUGGAAAACAGAUAAAGAUGAUUCGAGAUGGGGACAGGUUCUGGUGGGAGAGUGAGGGUGUGUUUACACAGGGUCAGAGGGUGGAACUUCUAAGGCACUCUCUAUCUCGCGUGAUCUGUGACAACAGUGAAGUGAAAGAGGCCCCUCUUGACCCCUUCAGGUUUGGGAAAUACCCUGACGGGUUUCUCUUGUGUGACAAUAUACCAUCGAUGAACUUGGAGGCCUGGAGAGAGGAGCCUAGCCCAGCGUCAACUAGAUCCACUUCCCCGAGCGAGAGCAACCCCAGAGACAGGAGCCGUCCAGAGAUCACCAUCCUAUCAGCUGAGCCGCUGGCGUCCAACACCUGGUUCCCCGGGGCUUCUGGGGGAUUCCCUCCGCCCCCUCCUCCUGCUGCUAUGAUCUGGAGCAGUAGUAUACCUCCUACUAUACAGCCCCCUCCUUCUUAUGACGAGGUGAUUAGAGAGAAGAGUCAGGUACAGGUACAGGUGUUGCCUCCUUCCUUCUCCUCCUCCCCCCGACACUCCGUCUCCACAACUACCAUCGCCACGCAGACUGACACCGGACUGGAAUUCUCAGCAGUGGCCCACGCCCCCAACCAGAGAGGCUCUGUGGCCAGGAGACCUCCAAAGCCUCCCAGACCUUCCUAUCCCUAUACAGCCAAACCGUCGCACCCUGAUGACACGACGUCGCACGCUGAUGACACACUCAUCUUCCUAGAAGACAGUCCAGCACUACGCACACACACUCAGACCAGCAGACACACCGUCAUACACACAGAGGAGACUAGACCAACAGCGUUUCACUAUGAUCUCUUGACCUCUGUUCCUUUCUCACCUCUGACCUCUGCCUCUGGCAGCCAAACCGACCAUUGGGAGAAGUCCUCCUUCGUCCUCCCCCCUCAUUCCACUGUCUUGACAACGCCCUCCGACCUUCCUCUGCCCCAUAACCAGCCCAGGCCACGUCCUCGCACAAAGAAUAACCUCCGACCAAUCAGGAGAGAGGUCAAAGUUCAGACCCUGGUGAGGCUGGGACAGACAGGAUGUGAGGUCACAGAGAACCAAGAAGUGAGUCAUCAGGGGGGGAAGUACCUUCAGGAUCUCCUGGACGCCUUCAGUUCCGACGAUUGGGGCUUCCCUGAUCACCAUAGCAACGACGAAGUAGAGAGGGACUUGAGAGGAGAAGAAGAAGAGGAGGAGGAGGAAGAUAUAAGAGCCAGGAUACAAGCCUUCGAGCUGCAGCAGCAACAGGAGGACCAUGGUAACCAUGCAGACAGUGACCACGGAGAUGGAGCGUUGCUAGGGGGUGGAAAACCUGAAUCCCGCCCCCGACUCUUAGUACCCCUGUCCCAGUCCUCGCACCCCUACCCCUGCUUCCUAGAAAGCUCCCCUCUGAACCCCAAAGACCAGACCACCAGGUGGGGCAGACAGAAGGGACCCCCCUACUCCGUCCCCCUCCAAGACCUCCAGUAG